AUGAUGAAAAGGGAGAUGCACUUUGUGCACACACUUUUGUUAUUAAUUAUUUCUCCUCUAGUUUGUGUUAAUAGUGAGCACUUUGUUUUGAUUCAUGGUGGAAGCCAUGGUGCAUGGUGUUGGUAUAAGGUGGCAACUAUGCUUAAAUCAGCUGGUCAUCAUGUUACAACUGUUGAAUUGUCUGCUUCUGGUAUCAAUCCAAUACAGGUUCAACAGAUUCAUUCAAUUUCAACAUAUUAUGAACCUCUACUCACAUUUAUGGAAUCUCUUCCUCCAAAAGAGACGGUAAUUCUCGUUGGUCACAGUCUUGGUGGAGUGUCUACAUCUGUUGCUAUGGAAAAAUUUCCACAAAAAAUUUCAGUUGCAGUUUUUGUUACUGCUUAUGUGCUUAGUCAAAACCUCACAUACCCUACUAUUCUUCAAGAGCAAGCUAGGAGGAACAUUUCUUUAAUGGACACACAAUUUUUCUUUUUUGAUGGACCCAACAAACCUGCAACUGCUAGGCUGAUUGGACCAAAAUUCAUGGCAUCAAGGAUGUAUCAGUUAUCACCAUCUAAGGAUUUGACCCUUGCAUUGUCCCUGGUGAGACCUGUGCCAAUUUAUAAAGAUGUUGAACUAUUGAAAAAGGAAACAGCAGUUACCAAUGAUAGAAAUGGAAGAGUACCUAAAAUUUUUAUCAUCAGUAAAAGUGAUGAUUUAGUAACUGAAGAUUUUCAAAAGUGGAUGAUUGAGACAAGUGGUCCAUUUGCUGAGGUGAAUGUGAUUGAGGAUUCUGAUCACAUGGUUAUGUUCUCUAAACCAAACAUGCUUACUUCUAUUCUUUUAAACAUGUCCCAAACACUUAUGUGUAUGGAUUGA